AUGAGUGUUGCUAUUCCAGAGUUUGACGAGAAAAGUGUCGACAUUUCGGGACUUGAUUUCUCCGAUUUGGAGGAGAAAUACGAUGUCAAAGCUCCAAAGAUGAUUGACAAUUGUGUUAUUUGUGACGGUGCUCCAAUUGCACCUGAAGCCAAGGCACCUGUGUUGAAGAAGGUUUUGACCAAAUUGUUCUCACCAUGCGGUAAAAUUGAAGACUUGUACUUACCAUUGGAAAAUGGCAAAACCAAAGGUUACUUGAUUAUCAGAUUUUCCAACGCUAUGGAAGCCGCCAAGGCAGUCGCUCAACUAAACGGCAAGAAACUAGAUGUCAAACAUAGAUUGUUGGUCAACAAGUUGACUGAUAUUGACGAAUACGUUCUUUCUGGUAAGAUCCAGGAUGAUUUUGAAGCCCCAGAAUUCCCACCAUUUACAGAAAUAGGCCAUUUGAACUCCUGGUUAUUAGAUCCAAAGGGUAGAGAUCAAUUUUUGAUGAACUUCGAUCAAUCAGUUGGUGUUUAUUGGUACAGAAAGAACCUAGAAAAUGAGCCUGUUAUUGAACCACGUAUGCAGUGGACCUCGACCUACAUGAAGUGGUCGCCAAAGGGUAAGUAUUUAUUUUCGAUGUUCCCACAAGGUGUUCAAUCAUGGGGUGGUCCAGAGUUCCAGAGAAUCCAUAGACAUUUGCACCCAGGAGUUAGAUUAAUCGAUUUCUCACCAAAUGAAAAGUACUUGGUGACUCUAUCCCCAGAACCCAUCAUGGAUCCAAUGGAGUUGAGAGAAGAGCUACGUAAAGACUAUCCUUUCAAGGCUGAAGAUAUCGGUAAGAAGCUAGUUAUUUGGGAUAUUUCUAUUGGUGUCCCAGUCAAGACAUUUGCACUCCCACCUGAUUUAGAAAACGCUACUAGAAUGCCAUGGCCUUUGAUCAAAUGGUCUUACGAUGAUAAAUAUUGUGCAAGACAAGGACCGGAUGCAGUUGCAAUUUACGAGACAGAAAAGGACUUCCAAUUACUGGACAAGAAGUUGUUGAAGAUCGAAGGUGUUCAGGAUUUCGAGUUUGCCCCAGCGGGUGUUAGGCUUGUGAACUCUAAGAAGACCGACCCAUUAGACGUCAUCAUUUCAUACUGGACACCAGAAACCGAAAAUCAAUCUGCUAAAGUUUCUGUUAUGCAAAUACCUAACAAGGCUGUUUUGAGAACGAUUCCAUUAGUUCAAGUCCAGGAUAUCAAGCUUAACUGGCAUGAUUCAGGUAAGUACCUCUGUUGUAAUGUUACCAGACACACAAAAUCAAAGAAGACGUUCUUCUCCAACUUACAUAUUUUCCAACUUUUUGAAAAGGAUAUCCCUGUUGAUAAAGUUGAACUUCAAGAAUUGGUUUUGAACUUCAAAUGGGAAAAUCGUUCGAACAAGUUUGUCACUAUCUCCAAGUCAGAUAAGGGUGAACUUGGUGCAUCCAACCUUGGUGCCGAGUCCAAUACCACUACUUUCUUUGACGUCGAAGAGGUCAGAGUUGGUACGGGUAAGAACUUAACCACCUUGAAGAAAUGGGUUCCAUUAACGUCUAUCAGCAACUCGUUCGAAGACAUCAGCUGGGCACCACAAGGACGUUUUGUUAUUUUGACGUCUUUUGGACUGGCAUCGACACAACUCAAAUUUUUUGAUGUAGAAUUCGACGGUGACAAACCAAAGGACCAGAACAAAAAGGUUCAAUCCAACUUGAAGCUUUUGACAACACACAACUUUGCCGGUUUGUGUGAAUUGCAAUGGGAAUCUAGCGGUAGAUUUGUGACUGCGGUUUCAUCAACUUGGAAGACGAAGGUGAAUAACGGUUACACAAUCUACGACUGCGCAGGUCAUGUCUUGAAGGAGGAGCAGAUCGAUGCAUUCAAGGAGUUCCAAUGGCGCCCAAGACCAGAGUCGUUAUUGACUUCGAGCGACAAGAAAAGGGUAAGAAAGAACUUGAAGGAGUACGCUGCUCAAUUCGAAGAGUCCGAUACUAUGGAUACCAAUGCUGCAUUGCGUGAUUUGAUCUUGAAGAGAAAGCAAUUGCUAGCAGAGUGGACUGAGUACAGAUCCAAGACUGUUGCCAACCUUGCAUCGCUGAACUUACCUGACCACAAGGGUACUGUUGCUGAAGAGACCAUUGAGACUAUCAAGGAAGUUGUUCUUGAAGAGCACGAGGAAGUGGUUGAAUAG